ACACCCGGCAUGCCCUCUAAACGAUUUCCAUUAUUUAAUUAUUAUUGUUUGAUAAAGUCGAGAUGGGGAUGAAAUCAUGAAAGAUACCCUUCUGUGAUAUGCUGUUUUGAUUGGGCCUGGGCCACUUAUUUAUUUGGAGGAAAAGCUGUUUAAGGGCCAGUGUUCGACCCAGUUCAGGGGUACGCACUCCAUGCCUCAAACUCUCACACCAUUCAAUCAUGGGUCGGACAGUACCCAAUCCACAUUCUGGAUCUUCAUCUCCACCUCCACCACACACGAGAAAGCCUUAACCAAUCUAUGAAUUCAACCAAGCCUCUCCUUCUCAAUUCUUUUUACAGACUACCAACCAUGAAUUCAAUCAAGCCUUGUAAAACCUCUUAUCAACCGCCAUUUCUUUCCAACCCUUGUAGGAUUCCGAAACGGGUAAUGAAAUUACGAACCAGUUUUCCACCAGGUAAGGUUGCUGAUAGAAGAAAGGUUGCUGUGAGGGUGAGUAGUGGAGAAGGAGAUGAGAAAAGGACAGAAAGAAGAAGCUUCUUGACUCUGGAAGAAGCAGGUUUAGUUGAAAUGUCAGGUCUCAGUACUCACGAAAGGUUUCUAUGUAGGCUCACGAUAUCGUCUUUGAAUUUACUGAGAGUGAUAGCGGAACAAGAAGGAUGUUCAAUUGAGGAGUUGAAUGCUGGGAAGGUAUGUGACUGGUUCGUGAAGGAUAAGCUCAAGAGGGAGCAGAAUCUGGAGUCCGCAGUACUUAAGUGGGAUGAUUCUGAGUUCCAAUUUUGAGAUUUUCUGUUUUUGUAAUUCAAACACAAUCUGGGUUUUUUCAAAUUUGGAGGGGCAGUAAUAGAUUAAGCCAUGAGAUCUCUUUCCUUAAUGUCAUCAUGUGUAUGGAGACCAGGAGAUUGAAGAAUUCAUACUAGUCUUUUGUGCUUGAUGAAUUUAUUCCUGUGACAGGGUUCACAAGACUUAUCUUCA